AUAUUAUGUUAUAUUAUUCUUGUUUUAGAAUAAAACAGGUGAUAUCCUUGUUUGCGGAGAAUUAUGGUGAGUUUAUCUUUCUAAUGUUAUAUGAAACUAUUAGUAUAUUUAUGUAACACGGUUUUAUGAUGUCAGGUAAUUACUAUGUGAAGAGAAGAAAGAAAACUAUAACUGGCAUAAGACCUCCUCCGGGUAUAUCAAGCAUCAAUUUGUGGCGAUCUUCGUAAAUUUUUCGCGGCCAUGUGUUCGAGACAUCACAUCAACAUCACAUUAUAAUGCUCUAUAAGGGAUGGUUGUGCUCCGUUAUUUUAGUGUCAGCAUGUCGCGCGAGCCAGUACGACACCGGUGGAGACAAAAACUCCAUCACGGAUCUCACCGACACCGCCACUGAGCGUCUAGAAGUAAUCAAUGGGACCCCUAAUUACAGACUAAUCAAACCAGACAAAAGUACACAAUGGUUUCCAGAGCGAGAAAGCAAACUAGACAGUUGUGUUAGAAAAGCGCCUUGUGAACCACUCAACAAAACAACUUGUUUGGGAUCAAAACUGCCAUAUGAUAGAACAAGUGUGCGUCUGACAUUCUACGAUACUCAGCAACAAAUCGAAAAUCAAUUAGAAUUGUACAGAGAGUUAAUUAAUGUGCCAAAUUGUUGGGCCGUUAUACAGCCCUUACUUUGUGCUACCUUUAUGCCAAAGUGCGAGGAAAUACUCGGAGAAGAUAUGGUGUAUCUGCCUUCAUACGAGAUGUGUAAAAUAACUAUGGAGCCGUGUGCAAUCUUGUAUAACACUUCGUACUUUCCGUCCUUUUUGAAAUGUAACACUACACUGUUCCCGCCACGAUGUGACAACGCUGUCCGCGAGAUCAAGUUUAACACGACAGGGAAAUGUUUACCACCACUCAUUCGCACAGAAAAACCGUUGCACUUUUACGAAGGUAUAACCGGGUGCGGUUUGCCGUGCCGCGACCCGCUGUACACAGACGACGAGCACCAACAGAUCCACCGGCUGAUCGCGUGGGGCGCCGGCGUGUGCCUCGCCCUCAACCUCCUCACGGUCGCCACGUUCCUCAUAGACUGGCGCAGCGCUAACAAAUACCCCGCUCUGGUCAUAUUUUACAUCAACGUGUGCUUCGCUGUUGCUUCUAUGGGGUGGCUCGUUCAAUUCGGCGUGGGGUCUAGAGAUGACAUUGUUUGUUCCAAAGAUGGCACAAGAAGGCAAGGCGAGCCGUCAGCCGAAGAGAAUCUUUCAUGCGUCGUUGUUUUUGUGCUGGUGUAUUAUUUCAUGAUGGCGGCCUGUGUCUGGUUCGUGAUUUUCACCUACGCUUGGCAUAUGAGUUUUCGAGCUCUAGGUAAAAUUCAAGACCGUAUAGACAAGAAAGCAGCGUAUUUCCACCUGGUCGCGUGGUCACUGCCUCUAAUACUGACGAUAACCACGAUGGCUUUCGGCGAGGUGGAUGGCAGUAGUGUGACUGGAGUGUGUUUUGUUGGCUACGUGAAUCAUUCUAUGAGAGCUGCAUUACUAUUGGCACCAUUAGCAGUCGUCCUUACGCUUGGAGGAUAUUUUCUACUAAGAGGAGUGUUCUCGCUGGUGGCGGUGCGCGUGUCGAGCCGCGACGUGAUCUCUGCGCGCGCCGCCAACAAGAUCCGGCAAACCAUCACGCGCUGCUCCCUCACCGCCGCGCUCGUCGCCAUCUUUAUCUGCGUCACCUUCGCCUGCCACAUCUACGAGUUCAGGAACGCUGACCUCUGGAAGGAGUCUUUCAAGAAUAAUAUCAUUUGCCGCCUGGAGGCGCUGAAGGAGAGUUCGUUGUCGUGCGGAUGGGGCGCGCGGCCGUCGGUGUCGGUGCUGCAGCUGCGCCUGCUGUGCUGCGUGGCGGCGGGCGCGCUCAUGGCGUCCUGGACCUGGACCCCCGCCGCGCUCGCCGCCUGGCGCCGCUACCUCGCACGUAAAUGCGGAUGUUCCGUGGAAGAAGAAGUGACUCGUCGAGCACACAAACACGAACUGAUCCGUCGCGCAUAUCGGCGCCGAGCAGAGUUCGCAGCACGCGGCCGCCUCUCCAUCUCGCUUGGAGGGUCGCGACAAGAUCCGGUCGGACUUUGCUUAGAUCAUACGUCUCCCAUUGAUUACCCAGAAGAUGCGAAACAUGAAAGGUAUGUAUUAAAUUUAUUCAACAGUGGUGAGUUAUCAUCGUCAUGGGCAGCGAAUUUACCGCGUUUCGUGAGGCGUCGGGACGCGCUCGUGCUGCCUGCCCACACACAUCACUCUCUCAGUUCGACGCCGGAUCGACGCAACUCGCAAGACUCGCAGAUCAGCAUCAGUCUGCGUCACGUAUCCGUAGAGUCGCGGCGCAACUCUCUGGAUAGUCAGUUGUCGGUGAAGAUAGCCGAAAUGAAGACGAAGGUGGGACGGCGCCGGACAAAGCACACCAAAGCAAAACGAAAGGCUCGGGCCGCGAGUGCACGCAAGGAAAGUACGCCUUCAAUCGAAAGCCAAAUAAGCCGAUACUGGCUUCAGGCUGUAGCGGCCAAUAAUGAUCGUUCCCGAGAGGAAGUUAAAUUUAGCUUUGAUUAAUCCCUACAAUUCAUAUCAAAUAAGCAAUUCUACUUAUGUGCUUAAGUCGUGUGAUUUAUAUAAAACUGAGAUUAUUUUUAUGUGUAAUAUUAAAUACAAAGUUCAAAUUAGUAUUUUACGAAAAUCAAUAAUGAAUUCAGCAUGACAAAUAUAAACAGUUUUCAUCAUUAUUACUAAGAAAAUCAAAGACUGAUUGGAAUCUCUACCUGUGUAAUUUAAUUAAUGACUUCAAUAUGAUUAUAUUUUAAAAGACAUCCAUGACAGUAACAACAAUUAUUGUGAUAAGUAUAACCUCAAAUGUACCUAGUGGUAUUAGUGCCAUACCAUCUGCUAAGAUAUAUCAAGAGUGACUGACAAUUUUAGGAGUAAGAACAAUUUUUGUAAGAUUAUAUGGCAGCGAAUGUAAAUUAUUUAAAAAUAUGGUAGCAUUUUUUCAAAGUAAUCAUUGCAUUUGCAGUAUAGUGUUGUUGCGCUAUCGACAUGCAUCGGUUGUGAUACUAUAUUAUGUAAUGGACGCGAGGCUAACUUAUUGUAGGUAACCAAUCGGAGCUGUAUUUGUUUACUCGAUAUUAAAGGAAUCUCACAAUCAUAAAUGUAUACUUAAGUUUGUAUGUACGUGUGUAAAUUUAUUCUUAAAUUAUAUUUUAUAAGUCUGCGCUAGCUUUAAAUUUUUUAGCACCUUUUACAAUAAAAUAUAACAUUUUU